AACGACCAACAAUUCUCGCCCGCUCGCCAUUGGUUCUGUGUACAAUGGCACGAUUAGGACCGUCGCCGUUGUUGCUGCUGCUGUGCUGCGCCGUCUUGGUACAGCGCUCAUUCGCCGUUCCACGACCGGAGUUUGGUUCAGUCGGCACGGUACAGUCAAGUUUGACCAUCAGAAACACGGUCAACUCGAUCACCCCGCUGCUUGUUGCGAUCGAUGACAAAAAUGGCCUCGUGCUGCAAACGGACUACAGCCUGAUCCGGGAGGUGCUGCCGGUAAUGGAGUCCCUCGGUACCAAGGUGACAGAGUUGGGUCCCCCGGUAACGAGUGCCAUCGUCUUGGGAAUACCGAAAACCGACGGAAACUAUGACGGUGUGUUCGAUCCGAUUGUGGCGGCCAUCGCUGCGUUCAAAAACUUUCUCAACACGGAGGUGAGCUCCACCCGUGCCAACCUGAAGGUCCUGCUGGGGGAUGACAUCGACCACCUGUUUGGUGAUGCGUUCGGCAACAUGGGCAUUGCCCUUUCGCAGGUGGAAUCGUCUUUGCUACGGUUGAAGGGUGCCCUCAGGACGGCCAUCAUCAGGAACGGCAGGGCUCAGAUCGAUCCGGCCAUCGUAACGGAUGUGGUGGUCGCGACCAGCUACUUCAAGGCGACCAUUUCACCGGUGGAGUAUACCAUCCAGUCCACCAUCGAUAACAUCGAGUUUGGAGAUUUUUUCCUGUACGAGCUGGAGAGCAUGAACGAGAUGUUAAAGGAGAAUCUCGAAUCCUACACCACCAACUUUGCCACCGAGCUUACGGAAAACGGUAACGAUAUUUCCUCUUUGACGAACUCGGUGAAAACCACCUACAAGUCAAUAACGGACGAGUUGCCUGGCGCCACGUCCAACAUAGCAUCGCUGCCCGAAUACCAAAGUGGCGUGUCGGUGGCGUUGGAAAAAUACACGUCAGGGUACGCGGCGUUGAGCGAAGUACCGGACAAGAUUACGGGCCUCAUCACGCAAUACCUUACCACGGCCAAUACGUACUUCACGGAGUACACAAGUGUGUUAGUGCCACGGUCGUACGACGCCGUUAGCUACGUGAUCAAGGUGCUCGUCGCUGGUGGGCCACAUUCGCGGUUCUGCUUUUUCAAAUAUUCGCCCCGGCUCACCAACUUCUACGCGCUGCUCGUCUCCGAUGUGGAGGUGUGCUACAACAGGGAAUCGUUUCGACUGAAUCCCCUCAUCGAUAUCACCACUGCUAUCGGCCAAUUGAUCCUGUACGAUCUGGAAGAUCUGAUCGACAAUUUAACAGCGUGCAACGUUAAGGCCUCACCGGCUCCAUGCCUUUCUGCGAUUGGCCCACUCUACGUAAAGCUGGCGGAUAAGACACUGUCCAAAGCAAAUAUGAUCGUAAAGCUUAUUGCUGCCGAAAGUAAGGCCAGCUUGAACCGUCUUGGCAGUUGCGUACUUACCAGCCGGCUCAGGAAUAUGCAGGCACUCAUUUCAGCCGUGUCGGAUGUGGCCACCUGUCACGAGCUGGGUCCGCAGGAUCCUAACUAAACCCGCCCAGCUAACCGAUGAACGAUUUGCGAAUAUAAAAAUAAUCAUUGUUUCCUAUGCAAUGUGUGUUUUAUUUUCGUACGAUCCACAAUCGAUUAGUGAAAUUUCUUCUAGAUUUGUAGUUUACAGUAUUGUUAUAACGUUGCAUACAUUUAGGCGAAUAAAAGUCGAUCGAUACACG